AUGAGCCUUUGGGAAGAGCUCCAGGUGUGGCCGGUGUCACAUUUGACGCUCCCGAGGACACGGAGGCGCUCCAGAGGACACGGAGGCGCUCCAGAGGACACGGAGGCGCUCCAGAGGACACGGAGGCGCUCCAGAGGACACGGAGGCGCUCCAGAGGACACGGAGGCGCGCCAGAGGACACGGAGGCGCUCCAGAGGACACGGAGGCGCUCCAGAGGACACGGAGGCGCUCCAGAGGACACGGAAGCGCGCCAGAGGACACGGAGGCGCGCCAGAGGACACGGAGGCGCGCCAGAGGACACGGAGGCGCGCCAGAGGACACGGAGGCGCGCCAGAGGACACGGAGGCGCGCCAGAGGACACGGAGGCGCUCCAGAGGACACGGAGGUGCUCCAGAGGACACGGAGGUGCUCCAGAGGACACGGAGGCGCGCCAGAGGACACGGAGGUGCUCCAGAGGACACGGAGGCGCGCCAGAGGACACGGAGGCGCGCCAGAGAACACGGAGGCGCGCCAGAGGACACGGAGGCGCGCCAGAGGACACGGAGGCGCGCCAGAGGACACGGAGGCGCGCCAGAGGACACGGAGGCGCGCCAGAGGACACGGAAGCGCUCCAGAGAACACGGAGGUGAUAAUACUCCUUGA